AUGAAGUGCCAGUUUUGGGACUAUGAUGAUAUGACAAAAUGUGGUAGAUAUAAUCUACAAUUCUAUCCUCCUAUUCUAAUUGGUUUAACUUCAUUAAUUAUAUUAUUUAUUAAUGUUUUUAAAAAAAAAUCUAUAAAACUAGAUGAAAGACCCUUAAAAAAUGAUAUAAAAUCGAUGCAUUUUGAUUUAUCAAGAUUACCAGAUACAAAUAUAGAUGGUGAGCCACUUGGAGAGAUCAAACAAGUGUUUAAAGGUACUGGAGAAAGGUUAAGAAUCUCAAUAGAAUAUAUUUUAGUCAUUUUAUCAUUAGCAUUGCAUAUAUCACCAUUUUUCAUUAAAAUUCAAGAUCUCGAAAUUACUAUAAUUAACACUAUAUUUUGGUUUUAUUUAUUUAUAUUAGUACAAAUUAGAAUAAUUAAUAUGAAAAAAGUUUCCAUUAAACUUCCUAAUUUAUGGAUUCAUUCAACAACUUUAUAUUUUUUCAGUUUCCUUCCAAGUUUAUUAACAUUUAGAUCAGGUAUACUAAAAGGAAAUAAGUUUUACAUAAUUCUGUUUAUUCUCAAUGCAUUAUUAUUAUAUUUGAAUGCUACUGCUACUAUUGGUGAUAAACCUUCGGAAUUAUAUAUUACACCAGGUUUAGAACCUUCUCCCGAAAAUAUAUCAAGUGUUGCUUCUUUCAUAUCUUAUUCAUGGUUAGAUAAAAUGGUUUGGAAAGCAAAUAAACAACCUUUAAAAUUGACUGAUAUUUGGGGUUUAAGACAAGAUGAUUAUGCAUUAUAUGUUCUUAAAGGUUUUGAAGCUUCAAAAUCAACUUUAAGAUUUACUUUUAAAUUAUUUUAUCAUUUUAGAUUUUUAUUUGCAAUCCAAGCAUUUUGGGCUAUUUUAGAAUCUAUUUUAAUCUUUGGACCAUCAAUUUUAUUGAAAAAAGUAUUGGAAUAUGUUGCUGAUCCAAAUAGUACAUCAAUUAAUCUUGCGUGGACAUUUGUUAUAUUGAUGCCCUUUGUUAAAAUGGCUGAUUCAGUUGCAUCUGGUUGUUCUUUAUUUUUAGGUAGAAGAGUUUGUUGUAGAAUGAAGGCUAUUAUAAUUGGUGAAAUUUAUGCAAAAGCUUUGAGAAGAAAAAUUACAGUUACUGAAACAAAAGAAGAAGAUGAGAAGGAAGAAAAGACGGGAAAGAAAACUGCUGAAUUAGGUGCAAUAAUAAAUUUAAUGGCUAUUGAUGCAUUUAAAGUUUCUGAAAUUUGUGGUUACUUACACUAUUUUGUUGGUGCAGUUUUAAUGAUUGUUAUUUGUAUUUUCUUAUUAUUCAAUUUAAUUGGAUGGAGUGCAUUUGUUGGUUCAUUAACUAUCAUUGUUUUACUCCCAAUUAAUUAUACUUUUGCUCAAUGGAUGGGUAGACUUCAAAAGAAAAUGUUGGCAGUUACUGAUAAACGAAUACAAAAAUUAAAUGAAACUUUUCAAAGUAUUAGAAUUAUCAAAUUUUUUGCAUGGGAAGAUAAAUUUUUUGAAAGUGCAAUGGAUGUUAGACAUGAAGAAUUACACUAUUUAAAAAUGAGAUGUUUAGUUUGGUGUUUAGGUUCAUUUGUUUGGUUUAUUACUCCAACAUUAAUUACAUUAUUAUCAUUUUAUUGUUACACAAUUGUUGAUGGAAAUACUUUAACUGCUCCUGUUGCAUUUACUGCAUUAUCAUUAUUUACAUUAUUAAGAUCACCAUUAGAUCAAUUGGCAGAUAUGACUUCAUUUGUUAUUCAAUCUAAAGUUUCAUUAGAUAGAGUUGCUGAUUUCCUUGAUGAACCAGAAACUUCAAAAUAUGAACAAUUGGCAAAUUCAACAAAUGAAAUUGGAUUUGAAAAUGCUACGUUAUCAUGGAAUUCAAUUUCAAAAACAGAUUUUAAAUUAUUGGACUUGAAUAUUAAAUUUAAACCACAAAAAUUAAAUGUUAUUAUUGGUCCAACGGGGUCUGGUAAAACAUCACUUUUAUUAGGUUUAUUAGGUGAAAUGGAUUUAUUACAAGGUAAAGUUUUCCUUCCUGGUAUAAUCCCACGUGAAGAAUUAGAAGUUGAUUCUCAAGGUUUAACUGAAUCAGUUGCUUAUUGUUCUCAAACUGCUUGGUUAUUAAAUGAUACAAUCUAUGCUAAUAUUUUAUUUGGUUCUAAAUUUAAUGAAUAUCGUUAUAAAAAAGUUAUUGAAGCUUGUGGAUUAACUAGAGAUUUACAAAUUUUAUCAGCUGGUGAUCAAACUGAAGUUGGUGAAAAGGGAAUUACAUUAUCUGGUGGCCAAAAGCAAAGAGUUUCAUUAGCAAGAGCAUUAUAUUCAAACUCAAGAUACGUUUUAUUAGAUGAUUGUUUAUCAGCAGUUGAUUCACAUACUGCUUUAUGGAUUUAUGAAAAUUGUAUUACUGGUCCAUUAAUGGAAAAUAGAACUUGUAUAUUGGUUUCACAUAAUGUUGCAUUGACUGUACAAAAUGCAGCUUGGAUAGUUGUUUUAGAAAAUGGUAGAAUUAAAAAUCAAGGAACUAUGGAAGAUUUAUUAAAAACUGGAGAUUUAGGUGAUGAUGAAUUAGUUGAAUCAGUAUUAAAUUCAAGAUCUCAAUCAACAACAAAUUUAACUUUGGAAAGUAAAAAUGCUGAUAUGAAGGCAAAAGCAGCUGCAAUUGAAAAUAAAUUAAAAGCAAUUUCAGAACCAGAAGAAGAACGAAUUAAAACUGAUGGGAAAUUAGUUGAAGAAGAAGGUAAAUCUGAAGGUGUUGUUAGCAAAGAAGUUUAUCUUGGUUAUGCAAAAUAUUUUGGUGGUUGGCCAAUGUGGACAAUUGUAAUUACAUCAUUUUUAGCAUCACAAUUAGUUUAUAUGUAUCAGUCAUGGUGGUUAAGAAAUUGGUCAUUACAUAGUGAAACAGAUGUUGAACUAUUCAUACAACAAUUCAGCGAAACUGGAAAAUUAUUUACAAAUUCAUUUAAUUUUGUCAAUACUAUUGCUCAACAACAUUCAACAUUAUAUUAUAUUUCAAUUUAUACAGCCAUUGGGUUUGCAUAUGCAUUUACAGCAUGCUUUAGAGUUGGUAUUACAUUCUUUUCAGGAGUUCGUGCCUCAAAUAGAAUUUUCAAACAAGUUUUAGUUACAAUUUUAAGAGCAAAAUUGAGAUUUUUUGACCAAACUCCAUUAGGUAGAAUUAUGAAUAGAUUUUCAAAAGAUAUUGAAUCAGUUGAUCAAGAAGUUACUCCAUUUGCAGAAGGUGUUUUUAUUUGUUUUAUUCAAUGUUUAUCUACAUUAGUAUUAAUUACAUUUAUUACACCCGGAUUUUUAUUCUUUGCUAUUUUAAUUGCAUGUUUAUAUUAUCUUGUUGGUUAUUUUUAUCUUACAUUAUCAAGAGAAUUGAAAAGAUAUGAAUCAAUUACAAAAUCACCAAUUCAUCAACAUUUUAGUGAAUCAUUAAAUGGUGUAGCUACAAUUCGAGCUUAUGGUAUUGAAUCAAGAUUUAUGAAACAAAAUUUACAAGCAAUUGAUAAUAAUAAUAGACCUUUUUUUUAUUUAUGGGUUGCAAAUAGAUGGUUAUCAUUUAGAGUUGAUGCUGUUGGUUCAUUAGUUAUGUUAUUUGCUGGUAUGUUUGUUUUAUUUUCAGUAGGUAAAAUUGAUGCUGGUUUAGCCGGUUUAUCAUUGUCUUAUGCUAUUGCAUUUAGUGAAAGUGCAUUAUGGAUUGUUCGUCUUUAUGCAAAUGUUGAAAUGAAUAUGAAUUCAGUUGAAAGAUUACAAGAAUAUUUAAAAGUUGAUCAAGAACCACCAUAUGCAAUUAAAGAAACUGAACCAUCACCAGAAUGGCCUCAAAGAGGUCAAAUUAGUGUUAAAAAUGUUUCAUUAAGAUAUGCACCUGAUUUACCAAGAGUUAUUAAAAAUGUAAGUUUUGAUAUUGAUCCAUGUAAUAAAGUUGGAAUUGUUGGAAGAACAGGUGCAGGUAAAUCAACUAUAAUUACUGCUUUUUUUAGAUUUCUUGAUCCAGAAACUGGAAGUAUUAAAAUUGAUGACGUUGAUAUAAGUAAAAUUGGUUUACGAAAUUUACGUCAAGCUAUUACAAUUAUUCCACAAGAUCCAACAUUAUUUUCAGGUACUGUUAGAUCUAAUCUUGAUCCUUUUAAUGCAUAUACUGAUGAACAGAUAUUUGAAGCUUUAAGAAGAACUGGUUUAAUAACACCUGGUGAAUCAAAUGAUCAAGAAAAUGCAAAUAAAUUUUUAAAUUUAUCUUCAGUUAUAACUGAAGGUGGUGGUAAUUUAUCACAAGGUGAAAGACAGUUAGUUUGUUUAAGUAGAUCAUUAUUAAAAAAUCCAAAAGUUAUAUUAUUAGAUGAAGCUACAUCUUCAAUUGAUUAUAAAUCAGAUUCUGCAAUUCAACAAACAAUUAGAGAAGAAUUUAGUCAAUCAACAAUUUUAACUAUUGCUCAUAGAUUAAGGACAAUUAUAGAUUAUGAUAAAAUUUUAGUUAUGGAUGCUGGUAAAGUCGUUGAAUAUGAUAAUCCAUAUACUUUAAUUGCUAAUAAAAAUUCAUUAUUUUAUAAUAUGUGUGAAAAUUCAGGAGAAUUAGAUUCAUUAAUUAAAUUAGCAAAAGAAGCAUAUAUUCAAAAGAAGAAUAAAUAG